AUGGUGCUUCAUGAGCUCUUUGCAGAUGCAAAUCUGUUAAAUGAGUUUCCUGCUCACAGCAUUCUGGUGACUGUUAGAAGAAAACUCAUAGCAUUUAUGCCUGAUUCAAGACUUCCAACCGUUACUUUGGAGGUGAGUGGUAAACUGUGGAUUCUUCAGAUUUCAGUUAUAACAGAAGAAGCAUUGUAUGUAGCAACGUUAUCAUCAUCAGUUAUAGUUUCAUGGACAUUGAUUAAACUUGAAACCUCCCUAAAAUGGAAAUCCUGGUUGGUUCUCAAGUUGGAAGAUUUAUACAUAAGGAAAGGAGUUUCAGGUACUCAUCAUGUACACAACAACCAAGUGACAGCAAUUAAACAUUACGAGGAAACUGGAUGUUCAAUUGAAAUGCAUUCUGUCCUUACCUCUUUGAUUAGCCAGAUAGAGUAG